AUAUAUCUUUGGUUAAUGUUUCAGAAGUUGUCCCAUUUUUGGCCUUUGUGUGCCUAUUGAUGUUCGCUGAGAAAAUUCCUGUCCAUCUGAUUUCUGUUGCCACGUGCUUCGCCAUGUAUGUUGUCAAACAACAACUUACCACGGAAUUCAAUGCACAUGUGAAAAGAUUAACUGUGGAUCUUACAACAUGGGAUGCCAUAUUUGUGGUCGAGGGACAGAGAAUCCUGACAAUGGUAGAUACUGUAAUUGAAACCGUUAAUGAAAUCACCACCAAUUAUGAAUCUCUUCGUGACCAGUUGGACCAAAUAACUGAGAUGGGUUCUGUGGCACCAUUAAUAUCUGAACAAUUUGCUGGCCUAUCCGUAUCUACAUCCAAUUUUUCUCAAAGAUCUUCUGGUUCUUCUCUGGGUUCUUCUAGUGGCUCAAGUACUUUAAAUAAAAUAGAUACUUGGAUAGAUAGUAAAAAUAAUUUUAACUUAGCUAAUAAUACGGAGUAG